AAACGUCAAAACAACAUUCUCGCGAGAUAACAAGCAGACGUCUUGCAGAGGAAAAGGCGAAAAACAUCAAGAAAAACACGACUCAUCGUCAUCGCCAGCAUCACGAAAGUAAGCAAAUAUUCUGCCCAGCUUGGAUACUAAGUUGUGGUGGAAGGUCCCGUAGCACCAGCCGAAAUUGUGUGCCGAUUGGUUUCCGAUAUCGUCGCGAAAAGUCUGGAAAACAGUGACGUUCGAUUGAUUCUGUGAAUUGGACAACAAUACGUUUCCCGUGGAACGCUCGGUACCGUUUUUUUUUUCCGUGAACCGGUCGCGAUUAAGUGCUGAACUUCGAGAAGUGAUUGAUUUUGACAACUAACGAAUCCGACGAAAAUUUUGUGCAGUUCGAAACUUGUCCUAACGUAGGCAGAAUUGGAAUUGCUUCAAUUGUCUGUCGACCUCGGAUCACCACCGGCGUCAGCAGCAGCAGCAGCGCAACAACAGUACGGAUCACAGAGAGCCGCUAGUUGCGAGUUGCGCAUACAUCAAUCGACGCUUCAGUCGAACGCCGCGAUCGCAUCCGGACGGACGCGUACUGUGUGGUACAGAGUGGUUCUCGCUAGUGCCCUAGGGUAACCUUCACGAUGGCAGCUAGCAAUAGCGGAACGGUUUCGAUGUCGGCAUCGUCGGCCAGUCUGGCACCACAGGCAGCGCCAACGAACACCCCGUGGCCCAAUAGCAAAGACGAUUACGAACUGCGCGAAGUGAUAGGCGUCGGGGCGACUGCUGUCGUUCACGGUGCAUUCUGCAUACCACGCAACGAGAAAUGUGCCAUCAAACGGAUCAACCUGGAGAAGUGGAACACUUCGAUGGACGAACUGUUGAAGGAGAUCCAAGCGAUGAGCAGUUGUAACCACGAGAAUGUCGUAACGUACCAUACGAGUUUUGUUGUGAAAGAAGAACUGUGGCUAGUGUUAAGACUGCUCGAGGGCGGAAGUUUGCUGGACAUUAUUAAACAUCGAAUGAAGUCUGUGAACUGUAAACAUGGUGUGUUUGAUGAGGCCACGAUCGCUACCGUCCUGAAGGAGGUACUGAAAGGGCUGGAAUACUUCCACAGUAAUGGACAGAUUCAUCGAGAUAUCAAGGCUGGUAACAUCCUGUUGGGGGAUGACGGAACUGUGCAAAUCGCCGAUUUUGGUGUGAGCGCUUGGUUGGCGACGGGUCGCGAUUUGUCGCGCCAGAAGGUGCGACAUACCUUCGUGGGUACACCGUGCUGGAUGGCACCCGAGGUGAUGGAACAGGAUCAUGGGUACGACUUCAAGGCCGAUAUCUGGUCGUUCGGUAUCACGGCGAUCGAGAUGGCUACCGGAACUGCACCAUAUCACAAAUAUCCUCCAAUGAAGGUAUUGAUGCUGACUCUACAAAACGAUCCCCCAAGCAUCGAUACCGGGGCGGAUGAAAAGGAUCAGUACAAAGCGUAUGGGAAAACCUUCCGCAAGAUGAUAGUCGAAUGUCUGCAGAAGGAACCAUCGAAACGCCCCACGGCCAGUGAACUAUUGAAACACCCUUUCUUCAAGAAGGCCAAGGAUCGUAAGUAUCUCACCCAAACCCUGCUGGCCACCGGACCAUCGAUGGCAACGCGGGUUCACAAAGCUGCCAAGCGACAACCGGGCGCUUCCGGUCGUCUGCAUCGAACCGUCACCGGUGAGUGGGUUUGGUCCUCCGAGGAGGAGGACAACGGUAAACAUUCGUCCGACUCGGAAUCCGAGGAGCGACCCAUGAAUCGUCUCGAGCAAAUGGACUCGUCCGCGUCGGAAACGGAAGACGCAUCCGAACAGUCGGAAGUGACCAUAACUGCCCCAACCGGGUCGGAAGCGACCAACACGGACGUUACCAACGCUCUCGGUGGGCUCUGUAUGCAGGAUGAUCUUCCGCCGAUCAACCUUGUCCUGCGGAUGCGAAACGCCAACCGCGAGCUGAAUGACAUCCGGUUCGAGUUUGCGGUUGGCAAGGACUCCGCCGAAGGCAUCGCAUCGGAACUCGUCGGUGCCGGACUUGUCGACGGACGGGACAUCGUUGUGAUGGCGGCUAAUUUGCAGAAACUGAUCGACAGCCGAAGCUCGGUGAAAACGGUUACGUUCCAGCUGAAUUCCGGCUUUGGAACCGGCGAGCAACCGGACGAAAAAUCACUGAUUGGAUUCGCGCAGAUCUCCAUCACGGACUAACUUAAGCGACUAACGGCAGUGUGUGAAUGAUCGUUUGUUUGUGUGUAGGUGUGUGUGUGUCUGUAUCAACGUCCCACAUGCGUGCCUGUUACUGUAUGUGUGUAUGCUAAAAUAGUGCGAUCGGGAGUAACCAAAACAUUCUAUUAGCAGUUUUCCCCCUGUGUUUCGAUUUCUUACAUAGUUUUAUACGAAGAAAACAAUAAAUAGCACGUUAUUUAGACUUAGUUACAUAUAUGAAUAUAUAUUUGAUGGAUGAGAUAGAUAUGCAUCAGUCUGGAUUGCUUUCUAAUAUAUACAGUGACUCAAAUUCGUGAAAGCAUGAAACAUGUUUUCGAAAAAUUCUAUUUAGAUGAUAUAUACUUCAUUUAAAAGUUUUUGGAAUAUUUUACGAACAUAUUGUUAUCUUGGUAUGUGUAGAUGUAGUGGACAAAAAUAUCGGGAACAAAUGAUAAAUCGAUUUUUUAAUGUUUUUUUUGUCAAAAAAUCUACGAACAUUUUUUGCCAACUAAGUCAGUAGUGAAUUUUGUCAACAAUGCGAGAAAAGUGAGUGUACCUGUUCGCGACUAACUGAACAUCCACACUUGCGAAGCGAGGGGGAAUAAUUUACCUGGUCAGCUGUUUGCGAACAACAUUAACCUCCUCUUCUUGCCGCCAAAAGUGGUCAGGAUUGAUGCUUCUCCAAAGUAAGUGAUGUCCCAUUCGACAGAAAAUGCAAUGAUAUGGUCCACCAAUUGUCCAAAAGUAGCGAUCAGGCUUCCAGUGCACGUACCGUUGGCUAAGUGACGCACGAGCAACAAUCUCACAUACAUGGAAGAGCUGUACACAUGAGAUGCAUUUCUCUCUGUAUCACGAUCUUCCUACAUGUCACAUCUCACCUACUCAUAAAAUCUAUGCGACAUGCGACUAUAUGGCACAAUACAAUUUUCAACGAAAAGAGUUUCAUGCUAUUGGAUCGCAUGCGACAUCUCAUGAGACGAAGUACAUGAGACUAUCUCACGAGAUCAUCUCAUGUACAUAUUCGUGCAUCUGAGCUUGACAGACUUGGUUAAUUCAAAUCACUAUUCUUGUCCGCGGUUUUAUGUUUAUUAAGUAUCGUAUAUCAUAUCUUGCUACAAAAACUGCUAUUAAACAAAAAAUGUGGCAUUUCUCAACCUGAUACUGCUAGGGAUACUGCUCAAAGUCUAAAACAUUUAGUGCCAACAAAAGUAUAACAUUCAUGUGUUUGCUGUGAUUUCCUAUGUUAAUGAGACUGACAUACGUUUAUGUGCAGUAUACCUCGUAAAAGAUCUUAUGAUUUUCUAAUGUCAGCAAAAAAAACUCCUCAACUUAUACAAUCUGUAGAUAUCCACAUUCUGUACUAGAAAAUGUGUCGGUGUCAUUGUUGGAACUUAAUCUGGUUCGAACGUAGUAGGCCACACAUGUUAUGUUGUGAAAUUACAAUUGUACCCCCCCAUAGUUAAGAAAAACAAUGCACAUUUUAUGUUUUAAAACCUUGACCCUGGAAAUCAAGAGUAAGAAGUAUACUAAUAUGUACUAGCUAAUACUGACAAAAUCAAGUUAGCUUCGUUUGAUAAAUUUUUCAAUGCACCGUAAGGUCGCCAACCACCGCUCACGUAUUCCCAUUCACCGCUCACUCCUCUAAAUAUUUUUAUAAAAUUUCUAUUAACUUUCUUAUCAAAAGCAAAUGUUGCUUGAAGAUACUGCCGAUACUUGUUGUAAUAUUGCUUUUGAGGUUUCUUAUCAGAGUACGUAAACCAUCGUAUAAUCUACCUUCUUCAACAGGUCGGAGGACAGGACAGGACGAAUGAACAGAAUAUUGUUCAGUGUCUCUUCCUUCAGUUGUACUCUGUACUUUGUGGGAAUGAUAGGCAAAGAACUGAAAGUACGUUCCACGCUGACUUGAUUGCACGGCAUUGCCAGGAUAGUCGAAACUAAGGCAAACAAAUUUGGCUUAGAGGCUUUAGUUUUGAACCACCAUUCCAAAAUUGUCUCUUCAUUUCCAUCCUUAGUUUGCAGCUUUAGCCUUGGUAGUCGAGACAAGCUAUUGAGCUCGUCAAUAAUUUCAGAUUCCUCUGUAUUAUUGGUAGCAUCGUCUAAGGAUUGCAAAUAUGCCUCAAAAGCAUCAUUUACAACACCACCACGGUGUUGGGAUGUUGAUGCUACCGGAGUGAUUCCGGAUAGUUCUCGCAAUUUGGACCAAGUUUGUUUCAAGAAAUCCUGUUGGAAUACAUUAAAAGAUUAGGAGUCAUGUAAGGUGAGCAGAGGUCGAACAGAGUAAAGUGACAGCCGAUUUGUCUAUUUUGGAAGUAUGUAGGGUACGGUGGGGUAAUGUGACCACGAGCCUUUUUGCGUAUGGUUUUAAUAGUCGAAUGAACACAAACAACAUGCAUAACUGAAGUACAGCAAGGCUUCUUCCGAUUUUGAGUGAAAAUACUCUGGAAGAGCUAGGAAGACCACAAAAUUGAACGCUGACGGUCAUACUACCCCGUGGCGCGUAUUACCCCAUGCUACCCUACUUUCGAAAAAUAAUCAAACGCUGGACUCGACUUCUGGUAUUGGGCCUAAUUUUAUACUUACCAAAGCUAUAUCUCUCUGUUGGUUAGUUAUGAAAGGACUAUUCCUGAAGUUGAUCCUUUGGUCAACGAAAAUUGCUGCAAGGAAAGCUUUGUUGGUCGUUAACAUGGGAAGUCUCUUGUCCAUGUUUGAUAAAAGCGUAGCAGCUAAUUCACUUUUCAUCGAUUUCAACGCAAAUGAACAUUUUUCCCAUAUCAAAAAAAGAUCUCCAAAGGUCACCUGCGAAUGCUGUAGCUUUAUUGUAGCCUCAGCUACUGGUUUGAAAACGAGAAGAAACAAUUCAACAAAAUCCCAUUCGUGGGCGCUGAUGAUGGGAUUGUCUUCAUGAUCGUUCAGCGAAACUAUAAACUCUUUCUCCUUUGAAAGUGAUUGCACCAUAAUGUAAGUGCUGUUCCAUCUCGUUGGGCAAUCGAGUUUCGGUUUGCAAUGCUUACUCAUAGUAAACAUGUUCUUGUAUGGUUGCUUGCGUAACUGUUUCACAGAACUACGAAUGUCCGAUAACGAACCCUGUACAGUUUUCAAGGUAUCCGAAACAGCCAACUGAAGGGUGUGCUCUGCACAUCUAACGCCUUGCAGAAUCCCUUCCACUAACUUAACCCGUGCAGAUACGGGAGAACCGUUUUCAUCUUCAUCAACCGCAUCGCUGUCUUCUUCGUCAUCAUCUUCAUUCUCGAUGUCACCAUCACGUUCUCCUUGCAACGAUCUAUCGUUACUGUCGUAGUUCAGAAUGGCUUCGAUAUCGUUCAUAGCAAGUUCUUGGUGCAUUUUCAAUCGCUUUACGGUGGCACAAACGUUGCUCGCAUUGUCAGUCGUAACGCACAACAAACGUCGAAUGUCAAUCCAGAAUGGAUCCAACACUCCUAAGAUUUCAGCAGUGAGAUUUUCAGCUGUGUGCCUGUCUUUCAGCUCUAAAACAUUCAAUGUUCGAAUCUGUAUUACUUUAUUCUCCGGGUACUGCACGUUGACGUUGACUCCUAAGAAAUCACGAUCCAUUCGUGUUGCUGUGUCAAUUUUUAGGCACACCAUUUUGCCAUCCAUGGAUUUCGUUAUGAAAUCUUUCAGCUGAUUUGCAACAUUCGAUAAGACGUUGUGCAUGGACUCUGGAUCUAAAUGGUUGAUUUUCAAACCUGCAGAAAAGGGAAUGUAAUGUGAGACAAAAAAUGGACACACAUUCACGAUCCAAUUGGUAAACUUCAAAUGACCAAUUUGCAGAUUAGAGUGAUCUAAAAAAUUACUCCCCCCCCUCCACCCUCUUGGGGCGACUUGUUCCACAUGCCGCCCUUAAAGUUAUCCUUCCCUCCGUCGUAUUGAAGUUUGCAUGGAAAACCUUAUGGGAACACAGAGGAAAGGGGAGGUCAUUUUUUAGGUCACCCUAAAUAAUGCGGAUGACUUAUACUUACCUUCUUCGAGUGGCCGGGCGAUUCUUUGGAAUGCCGGAUACCGAAAUAAGUUUAAUGGUAAACCGUUCGCAGUUACUAGUUCUGUCAUGGACCACAUAUACGUGUGCUGAGUCAUACGGAUCGGAAUCUUCGGCACCUUAGUGGGUGGAGGUUGAAAAUCGGGAAUAUCAUCCUCUUGACGAAGCUGCAAUUCGACCGCGAGUUGUUUGUGCACAAGCCUGUAGUGACGCUGGUAGCUGAAUUUUCUCAGGUCCGUUAUUUUCUUCCCGCAUGUUCUACAGGUCGCUUCCUUCCCCGCAUGAUUUAUUUCGAAUAAAUCCUCGUCUCUUACGUUAUUAUUCAAAGACAUCCUUUGAAAACUUUGCAAAUAUGCACGAGAUGAUAAAAUUUCACUGCACAGUAACAACAACAAACAAAGUCUGUCAAAGUGAAUUUUGAAAAAGGCAUAUUUCGUGUGACUGUUGUACCAUGAUUCAACUACCAAUAUUGAUCGUUCAGUUGGAGGCUGGGAUCAUAUGGGAGAAAAUUGCAAUGUUGUAUGUCGAUUUUUCCGAUUUUCAAUUGAACGAAUAAUAACAAACAGUGUCUGGUUUAUAAAGCGCACAUUCUCAUUGUUGAUAGAAGUAAGAUUUAGCUAACUAUACGGAAUAAGUUUGUGACGCACGAAUUGGUAUUCAUUUGCAGCGCGUUGUGUUCAUUUAGAGUCCAGUCAAAAAUACAAAGAAGUGUGUGUACAUUCUUACGGUGUAAAAAAUAUGGAAUGACUUACGCUCUUUUCAAAAAAUUUCAUCUUCAGUCAGUCAUAUCGAAGCUACACAGAGGCGUUGCACUGCUUUGUAUUUAUCUGUGAGAUAUCGCAUUGAGAUGUCGCAUUGAGACGUCUCACAUGUUUAUCUCACCGAAAUCUACAUGUAUUCAUUUUGACAGAUAUGAGACGAGACGGCAAGCUGUGAGACUCAUAACAAAAAUAUGAGCAUGCGACAUAUCGCUCUCACAAAAACAGUGUCUCGUCAAUCUAGCUUGUGAUGCGCUUGGCGGUCUGAGAGAAAUGUGACAACCAGUCUCAUAGUUCACUGUCGCAUAGGUGUAGGCAUGAGAUUUCCGGAAGCCUGGUAGCGAUAUGAUCCACCAAUUGUCCGAAGUAUGUCCAGCAAACCCAAAGUCCUCGGUUGGCCGUACGUUCCACCGGGAUAAAUUUUCAGACCGCUCCAGUUAGAAAGCAAAUGCGUCGAAAUAGGCCGUUAGUAUUUGAUCGAUCAAGCUUCGGCUGAACAUACGCUUUCAGCGCGGAGCAAUUUUUCUCGAGGUGGAACCAAACUGGACACAUAGGAUGCCCGUGCGAAAGGUAAAACUCUCAGCAAUAUGUCAUGAUCUGCCAUGUCAGCAGUAUUAAUGAGCACCUUAUUUUCUUCAAUCAGGUAGAGAAUCAGAGCCCUCAUCAACUUCACUCCCAAUUCCCCCGUUGGGAAAACAGAGGCUGCUAUAACCGUCCUGAGUGACCUUUGAAAAUUCUCCCCAAAAUCAGCAAAAUUAAUAUCUUCAGUGGCCAUUUUCCUCUGUAUCAGCUAUCUUUACUCUCACUUUAACUGAAAUUAAAACUCAACUAUGGUAUUUUUGAACCUCCAACCACGAUGUGCUGAUCCAAUCAACUGACCUAACAAAGUUAAACUAAAACUGCUCACAAAUAACAAUGCGAACAAUUACAAUAAUUCUUCGAAGUGAAUCUUUGAUUUAAUCUAAGGCCGACACUGUGUAGGCCGAAAAGCGAUUACGCAUGCAAUUAAUGCAGUGUUGGACGUGAGAUUAGGCGUUCGGAGGUGUUCCUGUCCAACAUUUUGGUCCUUCGAACCGGAUCAGGAUUGGCAAAUAUCAGCGAAUUCGAAUUUGACGUUUCUUGAGCUGCCUGCUGUUGUUGUAUUUCUUCAGCAAGCAGUACCACUCAAUUUGGUAAUUGCCUGCGGUUAUCUGGAGCGGAUCGAUCAGACUCUUAUGGCGGGUUUACAUUAGGGAGAUCUAUAGCUAUAGAUGGAUUUAUUCACGUGAAAAUAGGUGUAAACGGGUGAGAAUAAAUAUGAUAUACUUAUUCGAGGUAUAUAUAACUUGAAUAAAUUCAGCAUAUGUAAACGCUUGUGAAUUUCUCACUGGUGAGAAAUCAUUAAAGUUGGAUGCAGUUCUACUUCAGGUGAAUAAAUUCACCGAAAAUAUGAAUAUAUUCAUUAUAGAAGUUCACGCUAGUGUAAACGGUUGAUGCGAUUUCUAUAAAUCUCAUCAUAUUUCUUCACAUGAAUAUAUCACUAGUCUAAACCCACCCUUAGGCUCGCCCUGCAAACAACUCUUUAGAUAGUGGAGCUUCUCCACAUCAGGCAGGUCCGUUUUGUUAUGGAUGAGUGACUUAAACAAGUAUAAACUGUAACAAGUAAACUGGGCCAGGUAUCCAACAGUACCUCUAUCAGUUAUCGCCUGACCAGUAAAAAACAUUUUAUCUUUGAGCUAAACGAGCAGCAGCCAGCAGAUCCGGAAGCUGCAUUAGAGCCUAUUAAAGCCAAAGUUAUAGUGAAAAGAAACAUUAUAAUAACUCAAACAUUGUGUCGCGGGACGCGAAAUCAAAUAAAAAAAGGAGAGUGGGAUCCAAGACACGAAGACAGGAAUUGUUAAAGUACUACUCUAAUCAGCAUUAACAUGUACUGUUGAUUGCUCGCUGUCUAGAUCGGCAUUGAAACACUGAACUUAUUGAAAAUCCAAGUAGUUUCUUAGUGCAUUGGAGGUUAUAUUAUGAUUUGAAAGCACAACCUCCUCAGUUGAAUGUUCGAUUGUAAUUAAUUUUAUUUAGCUUACUCUUUCAGCGUGACGGGUGGCGAUCAACCCGUAGCAUACGCUAAGUCAGCAUAAACGAACAUCGUACGAUCGAGGUACAGUUUCUUGUUGCUUGCGAUAGCACAAAAGGCUGAACCUUCGCGUAGCGUCCGAUUAGCUGCAGGGCUGUAGCUAGCGGGUGGCAUCCACCACAUUAGUAUCUCUUAGCAAGAAUCUCCCAAAAAUAAAGCCCCAAAGAACACACAGAACCGUAACAGAAAAUCCGAACAGAGUCUCUUGUUUUCUGGUCUGAGCCUUACAACUUCACUUCAAUUGACAUAUCGUCACUCAAUAUUGAGCCAAUCGUCUUUCAAUUUCAUGCAAACUCAUGCAGGCUGAAGAUAGACCACCCAGGCUUUACAAAUGGCCUUUCACAUAGACGGGUUUUUAGUUCAGUUUUCUUCUUCUUCUUCUUCAAUGCCAAUUCUAUGCCAAAUAACACGCCUUGAAUGCAUUCUGAAUGGCAAGCUCUAGAAUACGCGUGAUCACAGUGCAAGUCGGAGGGAAUUUCUUUGACGAAAAAUACCCCCGACCAGAACGGGAAGACGAACCCGAACACCCGGCAUGUUAGUUAUGACGCUAACCACUCGGCCACGGGAGCACGUUCAGUUUUCUAAAUAAGCCUUUUUUAUUGCUAGAGGCAAAUGUACUGAAAAUUUUUAAAGACUCUACAAUUCAAAACAUAAUGAUCAUCAAAAAUUAUUUUGAGAAAGCGUGCAAGUUGAAGAACCAAAAUCCAGACGUGUCAAGCAGGUUAAGGAAGGGGAAGAAUCCUCGGACGUGCCGUCGCCAGAAAGUGAGACAGGAAUCUGAAGAAGAGUGCGAGAUUGGGAAAGUAUAUGAGAAUUCUAACACUGGCGGAAGUGUCUUAACGGAGCAGAAUUCAAAAUUUGGAUCAAAAUGGGGAUCAGUUCGACACAGGAGCCAAUUCUAGUCUGAUUGGCCCUAGAUGCCUGGUGAAGCUUUCUGGUGUGCAAAAGCCACAGCUGCAACCAAGGUCCGAAAUCUUCGAAGAUGAAAAAUGGAUAUCGACUAUCCUCCCGGUCGCUUCGCUUCGACUAGCACUACUUCGGCAUUUGCCGUCUACGUAAUUUGUAUUGACUAGAAAAUAAAUUGAGAAUGACUGAUGAACUAGUCCAGUCAGUGAUUAUUAUCACUGACGGGACUAAUGAAUACAAGUCUGCCUCUUAAUUCAACUGACUUCAAUCCACAUUUAUACCCCCCUAGGAACGAAAUUGUUACCCGCGUACGAAAUCUUAAUUUUACGUCCAUAUGAAGAGGAACGAAAACUUGAUUUCUGAUGCAAAAAAGUAGUUACACCAUUAAUGGACGGUUUAUUGUCUACCCAUCGUGAACUCUCUCGACGAGAUUCAACCGAAGCUGGAAAAAACAAAAGUGUUCACCACCGUUGAUGCGAAGAAGGGUUUUCGACAACACCAAUUUUUGGACGGCUUUCGGUCGCUAUUGAUGGUCUUCCUUUUGAUUUAGUUCCAGCACCAGAAAAUUUCCAACUUUUUUUCAGAAGGUAAUUUAGAACCUUAAGGGUUUGGACUGUAUUGCGGACAACAUUCUUGUGUACGUUGUGGGUACCAUGGAAGAAGCGCUCCAGUACCACAACGACUGUUUGGAGAAACAUAAUGACUUAAUCGAUCGAAACGAAAACUGUGUGAAAGAUCGAUGAAAUUUGAACGAUUCAUACGAAACACACAAAUGCCGCAAGUUUUACAAGUUGAUUUGUGAGUUUCCGUGUUCCAAAACAACGGAGUUAUCGUAUGUACACGCAUCAAGGACACCGACAACCACAGAGAAAAUUGUACAUAAACAGAAAAGAAACUAUUAUCCGAACAGAUCACAAACCUCUCCUGAACGUGUUCCAACAGCCACUUUUGUCGGUCCAUCGGCGUCUACAGCAUAUGAUACCUAAUCUGCAACGGUACAGUUUAUCCCUUGAAUUUGUAACCGGCAAGGAAAAUAUGAUCACUGAUGCAUUCUCACGUGCACCUCUAUGAGUUCUCCAGUCCAUCUAUGAAUAUGAAAAGCAGAGUGUGUUCAGAAGGUGUUCAACGAAGUCCAAAUUGUAAACAUAAGUAACUUCCUCAAUGUAUCAAGUGCGAGACUUGAUUGGUGGAUCAUUAUUUGGACUACUUUGAAGUAUACCAAAUGAAGGAUUUCAGUCCAGUAUCAAUAUGAAACAUUCACAGGUAAUUUGGGGAUACUCUAGGCUAAAAAUUUUCCUGUCAACAUUAGAACUUACUGCAAUAUUUGUAAAAUCACAAAAUUAAAUUGAACUUGUACAGAAUUUUUCGGUUUGUGUUGCAAUAAUUGUUUAUUGAACUCUCGCGUAAUUUUUGAAAAGGACCUAUCUACAUUAAUCGAUUCUCUUCAUCGACAUUCUCUUUCGUUAAUGACUCGGCGAGAAAAGCAUUUCGUGAUGUGUUCGUAAAUCAAAAGUGUAGAAGGAAACCUCGUUUAUCAAACUAUGUGGCACAACUGGCGCCAAAUCUAUCUGCAAGGCCGCGGUUAUCGAAAGAGAAAGUCAAUUAAUAGAAUCGAUAAAUGUAGAUAGGUCGUUUCAAAGGUUACGCGAGAAUUAUUCAUCAUCAAUGACGAAGGGGCAAUUUUUCAUUCAAAUGUAUAAAAGAUCAAUUGGGUUAGCUAUUAGGUUGGUUAACAAAAAAUUGUGUUUGUCGACUCACACAAUUUUCAUUGGAAAGAACAAAAAGAAAUUAAUUGUUCAUUUAUUCCCUAUAUUUAUGUCCAAUAAAAUAUUCCAAAAGCUGAGGGUUUCAGCCUCAAAAUGAUGUAUAUACCUUUAUCUAAAUGGAAUGUUUCGAAGGUUGUUUUUGGCUUUCAAAAGUGUAGUGCAAAGAGAUCUGUGGUGUACGAAUUCGAGUUUGAGUCGCUGUAUGGAACCGCUCGCGAAAAAAAAAAUAGUUCGACAACUAGGCAGAAAGCUUUAGCCUUUUCCAACGAACGUGAUAACAUUCAGACACACGCACACACACUUUUGCACUGUUAUGCAAGGUGUUUGGUUGCGCACCGCCAAAAAUUGUGUGAAAACAUACAAAAUUUAGAAAAAAAAACCCAAAAGGUUGAAAAUGUUCCGAAAAAGUGAAGGCGUAGCCAAACAUUUCUCCGCGUAUAUCACCUCUUGCGUGCAAACAAAAAGCGAAGCCAAAAUUUUAGUGAUUCAGCAACGACAGCCGGAAGAAAUUUUCGAAUGUGCGGUUUAAAAAAAAGUGAUCGAAUCAGCCGAAAAAAAAGAAUGGAUAACGGUGGAUAAUAAAUAGAUUGAAUUUUAGUUGCGUUGUCGAAUCCGUCGGUGACCCUAAUUAACGAAUUAACAAGUGCGCUUAAUCGGCAUCACAAUUUGUAUUUUUUUUCAUGUUUUCGAACUACGCUCUGCUAUUCACCUUACACGGGAAAGCAAAGUCACCGAUGGAAUUAACAACUAAAUGUGUUUUACCUAGAGACGAUGAAAAGAUCAAAAGUUGAAUUGUAUUUUAAAGCGUUUAACAAAACCACAGAAAAAGAAGAGUAUAAUAAAACAAGUAAAAACAACUUUGACUAGAAGCCAUUAGUGGUAGACAUCAAAUCACCCCUCUGUAGAAACAGAAGCUGUAUGCGCAGAGAGAGAGAGAAACAUAAACAACAAAAUAAUAAAUUGAAUCUAGUGGAUGAGAGAA